GAUUCGCCCAUCUUUUCAUGUUCAAUCAAAUUUACAAAACGUCAGCUGUUCAGAACUCUCAUGACUACGUUUUAUACCUAUUAUUCACAGACAAUAAAAGAAUAGAUAACUUGCUAGUAGCAAAUUAUAGAAUAUGAUCGUUGAUUGACAACAGUGAAGACGUUAAACAUUCAUGUUUGUAUCACAUUAAGUAUACUUGUACAUUUUGGUGGCAUGUUUCGAAGUUUUACAUAUCAACGUAGACAGAGAGAAGAGCAGGGAAUAUAAAAUGCUAGUUUGCUAGUUUGCGUAACAGAAUAUUUAGUGUUUGUUGUUCAGGAACAUUUUCAAAAUUACUCUCGAGCAGAUUGGUGUAGUGGAAAGCCUUGGUCUGGUGUUCAAGAGAGUGCAAGACUUACAAGUCACGUGUUUCAGAAGAAAAAGAAAUAAGGCAAGAAACAUGGCAUCAGGGAAGGUCCACCGUUCUCCUCAGAUUGCCACAACAUUCCCAUUGCAGGAAGAAGUUGAAAAUGGGAAGAACAGACAUGUUGUUAAAUGUCAGCGAUGCCCCUCAAAAAUACUAAAUCCUGGCAUGGGCAUAUACAAACAAGUUGAGUUCCCUCUGCCCCACAUGAAACAGAAGGCGGAAAGAGGUGAAAUUUCAUCUGUACAGGAUGAAAUCAUCAAGGACUACUGGGUCGUGGAAGACAUGUAUUCCUUUGAGAACGUCGGCUUUUCAAACUCUGUCGACGGCGUAAAAUAUCUCGCCUGUGCUGACUGUGAAGUGGGGCCUAUUGGAUGGUUUGAUAUCGCUGCUCAAACCAGCUAUGUGGCGUUAUCAAGAGUACUACAUGGCAAUGGUUAGGUAAUGUAUAACGCAGUGGUAAGAGGGCUGAUUCUGAUAUGUAAGUGCUUCUGAAGUUGAGGGAGCACAAAUGUUGACAGUCCUGUGAUGUAUCAAACUUGGGACAGAAAGACUAAUAAUACAUGUAAAUCUUAUUUACGCGUGACUGCAGUUCACCAUUACAUUUCAUUUGAGUUUUGUGAUUGUACACAAUCUUUCAGUGAUCGUGAAGAAUCUGUGAUAUAAUCUAAGUGUCAAGAAUGGAAGGAUUUGUAAUUAGCGCUUCAACCUGAAAUAUAUUCAUUUAAAUCGUUAAAAAAAUA